AUGGCUGCGGCGCGAUCGCUCGUUGUUGUUCUUCUCGCGCUUGCGGCGAUGAAAGCGCAAGCUGACAUUCACAAUUUGCCAACCAAGUGGGUCAAUGCGGCCAGCUCGACUGCUCCGCAGCUGUCCACCAAGAAUGUCGUCCUGUCACCUGCGCUGGGUUGGCUGACUUGCUCUGGGGCGACUGGAGGCUACUACGGUACUGGUUCCCGGUACUUUAGCGCCGAAUCGCUUCUGCAAGACAUUUACACGAACGAAAUCACCAUUCGCUACCUUCAAGAGUACCUUGCCAAUGCAGGCGCCAGCGUCUAUUCGACUCGAGAGCGCUGGUUUGACACUCCCACAGAAGUCAUCAUCAAUGACUUUGACAACACAGCUGCCAAAAAAGUGACUUACACUGCUAACAGUGGUGCUUCGUGGUUCUCCGCAUCAAUCGUUGCAGGAUAUGGCUCCGAUCAACACUGGGUUGCAGGAUCUACAACGGAAUCCGCCCAAGCCACGUUUACCGCUACAAUUUCCACGUCUGGCUACUACCCCGUCUAUAUGACUUGGCCGAGCCUACUCAAUCGAGGCACCCCAGACAUUCGCAUUACGCAUUCCGGAGGCAUCCAGACAAUAGCUGUCCCGAUGUAUCAAUUUGACUCCAUCUUUGUGUAUCUUGGCCGCUACUACUUUACUGCCGCAGCCGGAAUCAAGAUCGAGGUCACCAACAAAAUGCCCGUAACUUUGGUCAAAUUUGCGAUGGCUGAUGCAGUACGCGUCGGAUGCGGAGCGUCAGCCGGUAUUCCGCGCUGGAAACUGUCAGCCCAGGACUUUUUGAGCUUUAUGAGUCAAAACCAGUAUUCAACCCUGGGUCUUCAAGUGGCAGCCAACUCAGCGCCCACCCUUGAUACCGACUACCAGGCCAGAGCCAAGUUCUCCAACUACAUGUUCAACCAAAAACUGGACACGGAUUUGUUGAACAGGCAAAAUGGUGCUGACUGGCUGUAUGCAGGUAUCGGGGCCAGUGGCGGUGCAGGAUCAGGUGUCUCGACUGUUACACCCUACUCGAAACCCAGCGGUAUGAGCACAACGCUCUACACGGCGUGUGGCACCGCGGCAACCAUUGUUCGCUCGAACGUUCAGCAAGCGACCGGGCAGAACAACAAAAUUGCCAACGCCGAUUCAUCAAAAACGGAACUGACCCAAAACACCAACAUGCCAUCGUUCAUUACAUACACCAUUGACGUGCUCAAUGCCACUGAAAUGGCGCUGAUGGCGAAAGAAUCCUACCGCGAAACGCUGGGUCGUGCCAUCUACAAGGGCAUCCACAAGUACUUUGUUCCGUCGUCUCCUACCAUCAUCCCGUUGCCGGUCACCAACCUUUACACCAUCUCAAGAACCGACGGCGUUGCCCUCUGCUGGGUUCAACCGACUGAUCCGCUGGAAUCAAGUGCAACUGCAGCGUCGUACAAGCUGUACACCUCUACCGACGGUCGCGGCUGGGAUGAAGGUGUCAUUUUUGCGUCCAGCACCUCGGGUAAUAGCGUCCGUAUUGAGUCACUCAGCUACGGUAACAGCGUGUGUGGUGUCACGACCGCUGUCACGGUCGACACGCAAUACUACUUCAAAGUUGCUGGAGUCAAUGCCGGCGGCGAGGCUCUCACCAAGCUUACAGUUGCCGGGUACCGCAACUCUGGAGCCGGUCCUCGCAUUCUCGUGGUUGAUGCUUUUGACGCCGAUUUUGUGCACACGAGCGACAAUAUCGAGGGCCGCUACACACGCGAGUACGUGUUCGAGUAUGUCACCGCGCUCCAAGCUGCAGGCUAUCGCUGCGACUCGGCCACCAAGAGCACUCUGCUCGACGCGACAUGGGUGAACGCCUACUUGGCCAACUACCAGAUUGUCAUCUGGUUUGCAGGAGAGAACACUGGCAUCAACGUGUUCCCUGCAGCGCAUCAAGCUGUCAUCAACACUUGGAUUGCGGCUGCGACCAUCAUCAAUCCGCGGUCUUUGAUUGUGACCGGUUCGCACGUCGCUUCUGGUCUUGCGGCUGCUGGUGGAGCAAGUGCAACCUUCCUUGCCAACAACCUGGGUGCUGGUUACGCUGGCGCUACUGCCAGCGCGCCAUUCAUUGCCCGUCAAGCGGACCCAGGCUUCACGAUGAGCGGCACUGUGACGUUCAACUCGCUCAUCGCGCUUGGCAACCCUUACAUCGUUCAAACCCCUGACAUCCUGACUGUCACUGGAGGCGGCACUGCUGCACUGUACCAUGGCGCUUCUGGCACCAACAUAGCUGCUGUGAGCACCGUGAGCGGUAGCUACUCGUCGUUUUUGCUCGCCAUGCCAUUCGAGACGAUCCUGUCGAGCACCGAGCGCACGACGCUGAUGACGUCGAUUGUGAUAAGUGUGAAUCAACGACGUGCCAGCUCCGCCAUUGCGGCGGCGAGUGCGAGCGCUGCGACCGCGGCGUCGACAUCUCAAGCAUCAGUGGCAACGCUGCUGGCAGCCACGGCUUCAGCGAUGUCGUCGUCUGUGGCCUCGGUUGCUUCGAAGGCAUCGGUUGCCAGUGUUGCCUCGACGUCAAUUGCGUACGUGACGAGUGCCGCUUCUGCGGCAUCUGCUGCUACUGCUGCCUCUGUUGCUUCUGUGGCAUCCGCCGCAUCAGUGGCAUCCACGUCCGUUGCAUUCGUCACCAGCGCGGCCUCUGCUGCUUCAGUUGCAUCUGGUGCAUCCGUCGCAUCCACGUCUGUUGCAUCCGUCGCCUCUGCCGCGUCCGCUGCAACGACCUCGAAGGCAUCUGCCGCUUCUGUUGCCUCGGUCGCAUCAGCUGCUUCUGUCGCAUCUGCCGCCUCUGACGCGUCUAUCGCGUCCACGUCGAUUGCAUUCAUCACGAGCGCGGCCUCUGCUGCGUCUGUUGCGUCCGCUGCAUCUACCGCAAAGGCAUCUGCCGCGUCGGUUGCUUCCAUGGCGUCUGUUGCGACCAUUGCAUCCACGUCUGUCGCAUCCGCCGCUUCCGCUGCAUCUGUGGCAUCCACAUCGAUCGCAUUCGUUACCAGAGCGGCAUCUGCUGCUUCCGACGCUUCUGUUGCAUCUGUUGCGUCCACGUCUGUUGCUUCUGUCGCAUCCGCCGCAUCAGUGGCAUCCACGUCCGUCGCAUUCGUCACCAGCGCGGCAUCUGUUGCGUCUAUUGUAUCAGCUGCAUCCACUUCGAAAGCAUCUGUCGCGUCUGCGGCAUCUGCUGCUAAUGCUGCUUCUGUUGCUUCUGUUGCUUCUGUGGCAUCCGUCGCAUCAGUGGCAUCCACGUCCGUUGCAUUCGUCACCAGCGCGGCCUCUGCUGCUUCCAUCGCAUCGGCCGCAUCCGUAGCAUCCACGUCAGUCGCAUCCGUCGCCUCUGCCGCAUCCGCUGCAACAACCUCGAAGGCAUCUGCCGCUUCUGUUGCUUCUGCCGCUUCUGUAGCUUCUGUCGCAUCUGCCGCCUCUGACGCGUCUGUAGCGUCCACGUCGAUUGCAUUCAUCACGAGCGCGGCCUCUGCUGCGUCUGUUGCGUCCGCUGCGUCUACCGCAAAGGCAUCUGCCGCGUCGGUUGCUUCCAUGGCGUCUGUUGCGACCAUUGCAUCCACGUCUGUCGCAUCCGCCGCUUCCGCUGCAUCUGUGGCAUCCACAUCGAUCGCAUUCGUCACCAGAGCGGCAUCUGCUGCUUCCGAUGCUUCUGUUGCAUCUGUUGCGUCCACGUCUGUUGCUUCUGUCGCAUCCGCCGCAUCAGUGGCAUCCACGUCCGUCGCAUUCGUCACGAGCGCGGCAUCUGUUGCGUCUAUUGUAUCAGCUGCAUCCACUUCGAAGGCAUCUGUCGCGUCUGUGGCAUCUGCUGCUAAUGCUGCUUCUGUUGCUUCUGUGGCAUCCGUCGCAUCAGUGGCAUCCACGUCCGUUGCAUUCGUCACCAGCGCGGCCUCUGCUGCUUCAGUUGCAUCUGCAGCCUCCGUCGCAUCCACAUCCGCCGCAUCCGUCGGCUCUGCCGCAUCCGCUGCAACAACCUCGAAGGCAUCUGCCGCUUCUGUUGCCUCGGUCGCAUCAGCUGCUUCUGUCGCAUCUGCCGCCUCUGACGCGUCUGUGGCUUCUGUUGCGUCCGCUGCGACUAGCUCAAAGGCAUCUGUUGCUGCUGCUUCCGACGCUUCUGCAGCCUCCGUUGCAUCCACGUCAGUCGCAUCCAUCGUCUCUGCCGCGUCCGCUGCAACUACCUCGAAGGCAUCUGCCGCUUCUGUUGCAUCUGUUGCAUCGGCUGCUUCCGUAGCAUCUGCCGCCUCUGACGCGUCUGUAGCGUCCACGUCGAUUGCAUUCGUCACGAGCGCGGCCUUUGGUGCGUCUCUUGCGUCCGCUGCAACUACCUCGAAGGCAUCUGUUGCUUCUGCUGCUUCUGUUGCAUCAACCUCAAAGGCAUCGGCUGCUUCCGCCGCUUCGGUCGCAUCCGACGCUGUCGUGCGAUCCACAUCCAGUGCAUUCGUCACGAGCGCGGCAUCUGGUGCUUCUGCUGCAUCAACUACAUCCACAUCUGUGGCGCGUGUGACGAGAGCGGCUUCUACUGCUUCUAGUGUAAGCGCUGACUCUGCAACAAAGACAACACUCGCCUCCAAAGCGUCUGGUACCUCUACCGCAGCAUUCUCUGCAGCUUCUGCAGCUGUCAAAGCUGCGAAUCGUCCGACCAGCUUCCCGAUCGGCCCGGUGGUUGGUGGCGUGGGUGGUGGCGUUUUGCUGCUCCUUUUGAUUGUUCUGCUUGUCGUCCUGCUCCGUCGCCGCCGCCACCCCACGAAAUCCCAGAAACCCGGUUCGGCGGAAAGCGAUAUCGCUCAGAAUCCUGUCGCGGAAGAUUCGGUUGGAACAUUUGACAAUCCUCUCUUCCACCAACAGAAAGGCAACGAUUUCGGUAGUCGCGAAGGCGUUGGAUUCUGGGUUGUAUAA